AUGUCCUCGGUGAUUGGCUGGUCAUUCUUUUCUGGCAGCCAGGCUGCUCCACGCUUCCUGAACUCGCUCGCGAUCGCAAUUCCAGGUCUCAGCAUCAGCAUUCCCGGACUGCUGCAAGAUAUCUGGGGAGGAAUUUUGAAAGCCGUACCCAAAAACAAGACGUCCCACUCGCGAAAGAGGCACAGGCAGAUGGCUGGAAAGGCAUUGAAGGAUGUGAAUCACUUGUGCAAGUGCCCAGGAUGUGGCGCCGUCAAGAGGACGCACCGCCUCUGUGAAAACUGCUUGCAAGAGAUGAGAAGGAUAUGGCGCGAGGAUUACCCCAACGACAAAUCAAUCUAA